UUGAUCAUGCGUUUUUUUAGAUAGUUCAGCUUUAUAUAAGACUGACGAUCUAAACUUGGAUCAUCAGCACGUACACUGUACAAGGACAAAAUGCUUCGAAUACUAUUUCUUGUGGCUUCUUCUUUUGCAUUGGCAGCGGCCAUUCAGUUUACGGACUGUGCCACGAACACGAGUAACACCGUCCUGACAGUACAUGAGUUGGACCUUUCUCCGUCUCCAAUUAAAUUUCCGGGAGAGGUGCACGCGACAAUUAAUUUAACAGUAAACCAACAGAUAACAGAGCUUUAUCUGGACACAGUUCUGGAAAAAAAUACACUUGGAAUUUGGACAAAAGUUCCAUGCGUUGCAAACAUAGGAACAUGUACAGACAUUGAUUCAUGCACAAUACUGGACAGAAUCUUAAACGGGUCGUCGAUAAUAUCCCAGGAUCUCGGACAACAAAUUGAUGCCAUACUCCUGUCAGCGUUAGGACACAAUGCACAGUGUCCCAUAAACCCUGAGAAUGUAUUCAUAGAUAAUGAAACGCUCAAGCUUCAAAAGAUGCCAACUGCACUUUCUUUUUUAACGAAGGGUACAUACAGAGUCAGAAUAUCAGUGAAAGAAGAUCCGAAACAAACAGAUAAUGUAGGCUGUAUAGAGUUCAUGGCAGAAUUAGAUAUCGGCCAGGAAACCACUACGGCCGCACCAACCGUGCCCAUACCAGGGGUCGGCUAAAACUGCUACCAAGUCAUUAUUUCAACAUCAGUUACUCGAACUCCAUUGUGAACAUUCAUUUAAACAUCAGUCGAAGUCAACCUGAUUUUAUCUUCUCUUUAGCGUUUCAUUAAGUGACUAUUACGUAUAAACAUAUAUGAGUUCGAGUAUCGAGUUUUCAGUGCAUUUAAAGUAUAGGAUUUUAAAUUUUGUGACACGAAGAUUGAACGUGAAGGGCAACCAAACAAUAUACUGACCGAUGUACGAUGCGAAGCUGAUAUCAGCAUUUUUCGUAACUUUGAAGCGGUUGACAGAUUUUCAUACAUAUAUUUUCUUUUUCUAUAUUUUGUCUUAUGAAAUCAUUACAAAAAGAAGUCACAUAAACCUCAUUUCUUUAUGUACGUUCGAAGAAUGUUAUACUGAUUAAAUGUUUAAAAUGUG